AAAUGAAGCGCGGGAGAGUGUGGGGACACGUGCGCUUGAGUAACUCGUGAUUGCGGGUCACAAGACUCUGAUAAGACGAUCAACGCCCUAAAACGUCGUCGUCGAGUGGAGGGAAGAGAGAGAGAGGAAGAAUGAGUGAGAGAGACAUCACAGCAUUGAAUGAUAGUCUACUGAGCGCUGUGAUGAGCAACUCACGUGAUGAGGUUGAAUGUCUAUUGGAUGUAGGAGCUGAAGUGGAUGCGUGUGAUGGAUAUGGAAGGACUGCACUGAUGCUAGCUUGUAUGAAUGGCUCCAAGUCAUUAGUUGAGCCUCUGUUGUCUAGAGGGGCAGAUAUGAACAGAACUGAUAAAUGGGGUGAAACAGCUCUAAUGUAUGCAGCAAUGUAUGGUUAUGAUGAAAUAGUGGAUGCUCUAUUAACAGCAGGAGCCAAUGCUGAACAGAAGAAUGAGGAUGGUAGGACUGCAUUUGAUUUGGCUAUGAGGAAUGGUCACAUGUCAACAGCUGGCCGGUUGGUGUUUGCAAGUAAAAGAGUUGAAUAUCUUACAGUUAAGGUGUGUGACAGUCAGUUGUGUUGA